AUGCAUAGUUUCUAUGCAGAUUGCAUAUACCAUGAUGGCUGUUUCUAUGCAGUGACUGAAGAAGGUGCGAUCGAUAUGUACAAUCUAGAUGGACCAUCCGUCAUCCACAGAAGAAUUUUACCAGAUAUGGUUGACAUGGUCCAGAGGUACUACAUUGUUCAGGCACCAUGGGGAGAUUUUCUCCAAAUCUACAAGAAGUGGGGCUGGGAUCCUGAACGACCGGUUGGUGAGACGUAUGCCACCGCUUUUGAAGUGUACAAGGUUGAUUUUGUCGAGCAGAAGCGUGUUAAGAUGGCAGGGAUAUGUGACUAUACGUUGUUUACUGGGAAAAGCACAACGUCUUGCUUUAGCGUGAAGGAUCAUCCAGGCUUGAUGUCAAACCAUGUAUAUUAUACUCAUGAUGAUCAUGAAGAUUUAUUCGACUGCGAAGAUGAUCCCCGUGACAUAGGGGUGUACAACUUGGAGAACAAUACCAGGGCCAAGUUGGUUGAUCCUGAACCCUGGAGGACGUGGUUCCCUCCCAUAUGGUGCACACCCAACCUUGCAAAAGCAGGUAUCAGUUGA